UCGUUAUUAGCAGGUCAAAGAAACAGCCGCUGCAAACUUAAGGUGACAUUUAGCUAUCUGGUCACCGCAGCUCAUCCGAGCCAAAGCCAUUUUAAAAAUAGAGUGGUGGCACAAAUAUAAGCAUGUCUUCUCUCAGGAGGACGGCGGGUGUCCUCCGAACCGGCCUGCAGCUCUUCAGACGCGGACCUCAGCAGAUGACCGUCAGAAAGGCAGGAGGUGGCGCUCAUAUUGAACCCCAAUACAGACAAUCUCCUCAGCUCACCAGGAACCAGAAGUUUCAGGCAGAGCUGCUCAGCGGCGCCAUGUGGUUCUGGAUCCUGUGGCACAUCUGGCACGAUCCAGACGCCGUACUGGGUCAUUUCCCAUGGCCGGACACUUCAGCAUGGACAGAUGAGGAGCUGGGAAUUCCACCUGAUGAUGAAGAGUAGAUUCACCCCCAACAACCCAAUAUGUGCACCAGAUCACAAAACCCGCACAUUUUCUGUAGAGGAAACUGAAAGUUCCUGUUAUGUAUAUGGACUUAUUAUCAAGUCUAAUUGUUAAAGUUGCAUUAUAAAAUAAAGAAAUAAAAGCCAUCAACACUUCAAUUA